AUGACUGAGAAGGUGGUAGAAUAUAUCAAUGAGAGGCUGUUCACAGAGGAGAAGCCCGUGGUAUUUACAGACCUGGUUUUCCAGUUUAAGGUAGGCCCAUCCAAAGCCAAGGCGCUGAUGUACACAUAUUAUAAGCAAAACACGACCACCAAGUUCAAUUGUAUAAUCGUAUGUGUAUUCCAAAAUGGUAGUGUCAGAGUUGUACAUGACGUGAACAAUAUUGAGGAUCAGGAUUCACUUGUUGACUGUUUUAUCUACGCAUUUAACCCAAUGGAAGUGUUCACCCCGGUAAGUAUAGCGAGAGAUCAACACGAUUGUUUGACAAUAAAGAACCCAUACGAAUUGCAGGUUGUUACAAAGAGAUCAAAGACCGUGGAAGCGGAACCCACAGAGAAACAAACCUCUGUACCGGUUUCAAGAUCUAGAACCGUACCUGAAAGGCGAGGAACUUCAAAGAAGCCUGUAAAGGCCAAAGAAACUGGUCUAAGGUCUACUGCGAUCCUUGCAAAGAUGAGAGGUGAACGAGAGAGCAAGGAAAAAACUAGACAAGAGGAGUUAAAGAAGAGAAGACAAGAACAACUGGAACAAGAGACGAAGAAGGACAAAAAGAGAUCUGCACAAAUGGAAGAACUGAACAGCAUGUUUGAUGAGGAAAGUGAUGAAGAUAUGACUAAAGAUGAAACACCAGCAACAGAGGUGGAAGUACAAAAGACACCGGAAAGACCAAAAUCCACGUCAAUCGACCAAGAAGAGAUAGAAAACUUACUAGAAACAACGGCAGAAGACUCGCUCAUGACCAACAACGAAAAACAAGAACCAAACUCGUCUUACGUAGACGAAGACGGAUAUAUAGUUACGAAUCGCGCGGCAACAUCUACACCUCCUCCGCCAAAGAAGAGACCCCAGCCUGCCUCCAAAACAGAUGUACCAGUAAAGAAGAGGGCCUCAAAGACCAAGAAGACUCAAGGAACGUUGGAAAGCUUCUUCAAGAAGAGAUAA